GCGGACGCCAUUAUCAGUCGGUUUCAGACGACGUUGCGUUUCCAGAUAAAUCGCAUUAACGCGCACACGCACGUCCCGGGCUCGGCACUCGUGCAUUAGCGGUCAGCAGCGUGUUUUUCGGGACCAAUUUUGCCGAACGCCGAACGCGGACAUGGAUCGAACGGCGACCGUCGUAUGGCUGUGGCUGGGGCUGUGUUGCGCGCGCGUCCACGCGUUCUAUUUGCCCGGCCUGGCGCCCGUCAACUACUGCAAGGAGUCGGCUACGACAUGCAAGAGUAAGAUUGAUUUCUUUGUGAACCGUCUCAAUUCGGAUGAAUCAGUUAUACCAUAUGAAUAUCACUACUUUGACUUCUGUACAUCUGAUGAAAGUAAAUCUCCUACUGAAAAUUUGGGACAAGUCUUAUUUGGUGAAAGAAUUCGACCAUCUGGAUAUAACGUUUCAUUUUUAAAUGAUGAAGAAUGUAAAACACUUUGUACCAAAAAGUAUAUCCCUGGAGAUUCAAUAAGUAACAUGAAACUUUUUGUUCUUAAGCGCGGAAUGAGUUUAAAUUAUCAACAUCAUUUUAUUGUUGACAAUAUGCCAGUUACUUGGUGCUAUGAUUUAGAAGACAAUCAGCAAUAUUGUAGUACUGGAUUUCCAAUGGGAUGUUAUAAACCAGAUGCUAGUCAUGAUAACAACUUAUGUGAUACGAUUCUUAGAGUACCUCCUCGCACAUUAAAACCAAACACUUAUUAUAUUUUUAACCAUUUAGAAUUUACAAUAACUUAUCAUAGUGGGAAAAAUGAAGAAUGGGGAUCAUCUUUUAGUUCUGAAGGUGGCAGAAUAAUAGCUAUUAAAGUGAAGCCUAAAAGUAUAAAACAUAGAUAUCCAGUCACUUCAUGUGAUACUGGUUUUAUGGAAAUACCUGCUGAUAAAAUAACAAGUGAAUUAAAUAUAACAUACACUUAUUCCGUUCAAUUUGAGAUGAAUAACACUGUUAAGUGGUCAUCACGCUGGGACUACAUCUUGGAUUCGGUUCCACCUACCUACAUACAGUGGUUUAGCAUUUUAAAUUCAUUAAUGAUUGUUAUUAUCUUAACUGGAAUGGUAGCAAUGAUAAUAUUGCGUACAUUGCAUAAAGAUAUAGCUAGAUAUAAUCAGAUUGAUGCUGGUGAUGAUAUUAAAGAAGAAUUUGGUUGGAAACUAGUCCAUGGGGAUGUAUUCAGGCCUCCAAGAAGAGGAAUGUUACUCUCAGUUUUUGUUGGCUCUGGAGUACAAGUGUUAUGCAUGACUGUUGUAACAUUAGCAUUUGCUUGUUUGGGUUUUCUAUCCCCAGCUAAUAGAGGUUCUCUUAUGACUUGCUCUUUAAUAUUAUAUGUGUGCUUUGGAACACCUGCUGGAUAUGUAUCAUCAAGAAUUUACAAAAGCUUUGGUGGUGAAAAAUGGAAAACUAACAUAAUAUUGACCUCCAUGUUUUGUCCUGGAGUUGUAUUUUGUUUGUUCUUCAUUAUGAAUUUAGUACUUUGGGUUAAAGAUAGCUCAGCUGCUAUUCCAUUUUCUACACUAGUCGCUUUGUUAUUAUUAUGGUUUUGUGUAUCUGUCCCACUUACAUUUGUAGGUGCAUUAUUUGGUUUCCGUAAACGACCAAUUGAACAUCCCGUGAGAACAAAUCAAAUACCACGUCAAAUUCCAGAACAAACUAUUUACACACAACCCUUCCCAGGAAUUAUAAUGGGCGGAGUUUUUCCUUUUGUCUGCAUAUUUAUUCAACUUUAUUUCAUUCUUAAUUCAUUAUGGUCCAACCAAAUGUAUUACAUGUUUGGGUUUCUGUUCCUCGUAUUUAUUAUACUCAUUAUAACAUGUUCAGAAAUGACUGUUCUUUUGUGCUAUUUCCAUUUAUGUGCUGAAGAUUACCAUUGGUGGUGGAGAAGUUUUUUGACCAGUGCGUUUACAUCAUUUUAUUUAUUUUUGUAUUGUGUGCACUAUUUCAAGACAAGACUUAACAUUGAAGAUGUUGCUUCAACUUUUCUGUAUUUUGGAUACACAUUAAUUAUGGUGUUCCUUUUUUUCUUACUUACUGGCACAAUUGGAUUUUUUGCAACGUUUUGGUUUGUUCGAAAAAUAUACAGCGUUGUCAAAGUGGAUUAAUAUAAUUUUUUUCUUUUUUUAAUGUCAGUAAUUUGAUUA